UUGUCCCGUACCGUCACGCUCGCCAACCACACCUGGAUGGGCUGGCUGCCCGUCUGCUAUCUCGGAGUGGGAAUUUUUAUUGUCGUGUGACAGAAAUAGAAAAAUCACUAAAGCUUGACCUCAUUGUAUUGUGGAGCUAUUUUAAUAUUAUUAUGCCGAUAGUGGUAGUAAAACCGAGGCGAGGGUUUCUGUCUCUCACACACAUAAAGAGAGAGAGAGACACGGACUCCGUUCCAAAAUAAGACUGCCCAAAAGCAGAACGUUUAGGAGUGUUUUUGUUUUCAAUCCGAGUCCUUUAUCGAUCUGUUGGUGCGUAAAGAGAACGAAGUGGUUCACCAACUAUCUGCGAUAAGGACUUGUCGAGAUAAAAAGUGGAAGUGGCGAAUAGUCAUGUAAAUGCUUCCCGCCAUUUCGCUGGGCAAAACUCUUUUGAAGUGUACAAACAGAAGACGGAUCAAUACUCGUCUAGUGGAUCGGCCAUGUUGAUUUUCUCGUUACUGUGCUGUAAGAUUGCGCUUCGUUAAACAAGGAUUGCAAUCUUCUUCAUGAUUCGAGUCUCGUGAUUCUCACUGGCGUGUUAUUUUACUACCGUAGCAGACGACACAAUUUAAUGUCAAAUGAGGAGGGCAUUUUAGCCGGCGUAUAUAUAUAUAUGUGUGUGUGAGUUUGUCACAAUAUUUACUGUACAUGAGGUGUCCAGCUCUAGGGUGGUAAAGAGUGUCUGCAGACGAUCGAUAUCUUCUGCUUUAUCAAUGACGUCACCAGGCAGCCGAAAACCUGUCCAUUAAUGAGACGAACAAUAGACGCGCCAUUACUUCUCCCUGUUCCAAUGGUGCAUUAAUUAAAUGAAGAAAAACACAGUCUUCAGCAUUUGGGAUACCGGAGAUUUUUACAUCUGAUAGUGUUUCCCUGUGCUAUGCUCAAGUGAAGCUCUGGAUCAAUUUUCCUCUUUCGCUGGUUAGGAAAAACGGAAACGUGAAAAAUGGCAGACACCUCACGACUUAGCGAAACGGAACCUAUGACAGGACAGACGUCACAGCGUCUCAGACGAAGUACCAGUGCGCGUGCGCAGAAGAAAUGCCUAGGCCGGAAGUGUUGCGUGGUGACAGUGAUCGUUCUGUUCCUGUUUCUAACUUUCAUAGCGCUACCAGCAGGUAUUUUCCUCAUUAUCCAUGGCGGGAAAUCGUGCGGUAUCGGCUGCGUUGCCGGUGGUGCAAUGGUGGUGUGUCUGCCCAUUGUAGCAGCAGUAGUUUUAAUAACAGUAUUCUAUGGUCGGAGACAGGUCCAAAGAAAGCAACUUCGGGAACAGACCAAUCCUGUCUGAGAUUAUCUAGGUUUGACAAUGAAAUCAGUAUUACGUGUUUUUUCUCAGAUCACGUGAUCUGAAAGCUGUGAUCUCUGGUCGAAUCAUCAUGCUCAUGGAGUACAAGACAUUAAAUGGAAGUUGGUGACGUCAUCACUUUGUGUGCAUUUAUAUGUCAUCACUUUAUGUGCAGUUUGUGCGUGUGUUACUUUCCCUCAGUAUGUCAGCACAAUUCAGUAGCGUACCAGAGUCGUCUUUUCCUAGAAAUGAAGAAUCGAGGGGAGAUGGGUAUACUUGUAAAAGGAGGCCGAGAGAAGUGGAAGGUGCUAGGGGAGGGGGCGGAGAUAGAACAAUAGAGGAGAAGCGAAUUCUCAGAUGGGUGAGGACGACCCCUGCAGCUAACCUGUCUCGUAAACAUUUCAGUUAAUUGGUUAUCUGAAAAUACAUUGUAAACGGAAUGAAAGGGAAGGUCCAACACUCACCCACCCACCCAUCCACCCUCUGCUUCCUAAUGAAUCAAUCUACCACAGCAGAUUGAGCAUUUGGACCAUCAGUGAAAUUACUAUUCAGUAUGUUCAGUGUAUUACGUAUGUUAUGAUGUUAUAUAGCUGUUUUCGUGCUACGUGUGAUUGACACCUCUCACGGAAAGGAACGAGAAUUACCGAGACCGCGAUGAACGGACAACGAUGAAAACAAAAUAACGUGCUCAUAUCCAGUCCAAUUUCAACAAACACGCUGUUCUGGAUACAUGAUUGUGAAAACAGAUUUGCUCACCCAAGAAAAGUGUAAGGAAAGAAGAGAAGAAAAAAGAGAAGAAGAAAGAAAAGAACGAGAAUCUUUCUGGCGCUAGUUAAUGUCAAGGACGAAAGAAAAGUGUAUGAAAAGAAGAGAAGAAGAAAAAAUGUGGGGAAACAGAACAACAGGCUAUCAGGCGCUAGUUAAUGUCAAGGACGAAAGAAAAGUGUAUGAAAAGAAGAGAAGAAGAAAAAAUGUGGGGAAACAGAACAACAGGCUAUCAGGCGCUAGUUAAUGUCAAGGACGAAAGAAAAGUGUAUGAAAAGAAGAGAAGAAGAAGAAAUGUGGGGAAACAGAACAACAGGCUAUCAGGCGCUCGUUAAUGCCAAGGACACAGGUUGUUCGAGGUUUUCAUACCUUGUGUAUUGAUCCGCGUUUGGUACAGUACUUCAUCAAAUUAAUGCGUUUGGACACAUUUUUAUGAAGAAUUUGGAGUGUGUGCUAAAGAUAGGCGUUUUUUAACCUUCAGUGGAUGUAUGAAUAUGUCAAAUGGUUCACUGAUUCAUGCGAACAAAAUGAUUGCUGGUUGUACAAUAUUAUUGCUUGUGGGAAUUUGCAAAAGAAAAGUAAUAGAGUUGGGAAAAUUAACCGACGGUACAAUGUGAGAGGCAAAGGCGAUAUCAUAUAUCUGAUAUCGCAACAUAACAGCUUGUGGCGAAAAUAUUUGGUUGUACAAAUGUGAUGGCCUGAAUUUUGGGAACUGUCUGACUGCAAAAAUUAAAAAAGAAGGGGAAAAAGAGAGAGAGAGAGUACCGGUGCAUUAAGUAUUAUUCCGCGGUUUUGUCAGUACUGGGGCAAACAAAUGUUCAUGUGGUCAAAAGAGACAGCUUGUGCGGGAAAGUAUAUAUGACUGCUAAGGUAACAUUCCGGUAUUGUUUUGUGUUUGAUAAAGGCAAGCGAAUGCCAGUGGAUUCUGUGAUAUCGUACUGGGAAAUAUCUGGUCGCUGAUGCAUGUAUCGUGUAUUAAUUCGCGUUAUAGUGAGUGCUGCGGCAAGUGAAUGCUUAUGGGGACUAUGCGACAGCUUGGUGGAAGGUACUGUCUGGUUUACUUAAACAGUACAGCUGUGUGCCAAAGACUUUUCUAAAUGUGAUUAUCACGGUGUUGCAGACUUUAUAUUAUUUAACACUGAGCGUUUUAGACUUUAGUGUGUGUACACAGGAAAUCAGAAAACAGUACAACGAUAUAAAACUUGUUUUUAAUAUA